AUGAAGCCUUCUGAUGCUCCCGGCACCCCGGUAACUGAUGCGGUUUGUUCUGACCAAGUCAAACUCGGAGUGGAUAGUCCUGAUGCUGGAAUACCAGAGUCUUUAGCUGUUGCGGCUGAGGCAUUGAUGGUGAUGACGAGAUCACGUGCGGAAGCGGGCACAGACCAGUCUGAAUACCAGGAUGAACGUUGGAGGAGAAUCAAGGUUCACCAAGACGAAGACCUGUGGAUCCAGCAAAUGAAAAAGGUCCUAAAGGGAGACGUGUCAGAUCGUCCACGGAACCAGGUUAAGAAGAUUGCGAAGGGUUUUGAUCCGUUUGUGUUGGAUUCGCGAGAAGUCCUUUACACGCUGAGCACAUCCACUUCUGAGAGGCCCCACAAAAACCAGUCGGAACGCAGACUGGUGGUCCCAGAGACUUUACGUGCUGACAUGCUACACUACUCACACGAAGACUUUCAAGGCGGUCACCAAGGAAUCAACAGGACGUUUGAACGAUUACGUUCAGAGUUCUACUGGAUCGGGAUGUACGCCAAUGUGCAGAAGUUUGUGAGAGAGUGUGUAGAUUGUGCGUCAGCCAAGGGGCGACCACCGGUCCUCUGCCCGUCACCUGGCAAUAUCGAACCGAUAUAUCCGUUCGAAGUGGUCUCGAUGGAUUUUGUCACUGAGCUACCUGAGUCCGAUCGUGGAAAUACAUACUUGUUGCUGUUCCAAGAUCAAUUCUCAGGAUAUGUCAUGUGGAAACCCAUGCGGAAAACCGAAGCGCAAAAUGUUGCUGAAGGAUACUAA